AUGUCUGCUAACUACACAGAUUGCAGCAGUAGAAACUAUGAUAAUAAUUUACAUUAUAGUGGAAAUAGAAUUGUGAAUUCUAUGCAUAUACCCAUUGAAAAGAAUAAGCAGGAAGUACAAGAUGCAGUUGCAGGGAUUGAUUUUUCUUCUUCAUUUAGUGACGAUACGAGUAUGAAGGGAUUUGAAGAAGAGAAUUUGGAAAAUGAUGAUAUGGAACUGUCAAUAGCAUUUUCUGAUGACGAAGCGCUUUUACAAAUGCUUGAUUCUCGUAAAUUUAAUGCACUGCCGUUACAGAAAGAUGAAAAUAAUGAUAAUGAUAAUGAUAAUGAGUUAAUAUUCAAGGACUAUAAUUCAAAACGAAUGGUAUUAUCUCCAGAAAAAUCACGGAUAAAUAUUAUAGAUAGUUCCUCUCCAAAACACAAAAAAAUCAAACCAGAGCCAUUUAUUACUGCACCUGAUUAUAUUAUGCUGCCAAAUAAGCCUACUGCUAUAGAACCACUUUCUAAUGUCCAAAACCAAACACGAUCUUUUUCCACAUCGGCCGUAAGAUCGAAAAAAUUGAGCAAAAUAUAUCCUACGAUUCAACUUGCAACCCAAAAAGCCUUUAAUAUUGAAGAUGAUCUGAGUAUACAAUCAAACUCAAAAAAAUCGGCGGAUACGAUUAAAAAUGUGAAACCAAUAGUACUAUCUGGUGAACAAGAAUAUGUUUUGCAAUUGGCAACAAAUGGACAGUCGCUCUUCUAUACUGGUUCAGCUGGUACUGGUAAAUCCGUAUUGUUGAGGUCGAUUAUUAAAUCUUUGAAAAAAAAACACGAAAAAGGAGAUGUAGCAGUUACUGCAUCUACUGGGUUGGCUGCUUGCAAUAUAGGUGGUAUUACCCUACACAGUUUUGCUGGUGUUGGAUUAGGGGAUGGGAAUGUAAGUGCAUUAUUGAAAAAAGUAAGAAGAAAUAAGAAAGCUUAUAGUAGGUGGUGUCUGGUAAAAGUUCUAAUUAUUGAUGAAAUUUCGAUGAUAGAUGGUGUAUUUUUAAAUAAAUUAGAUUCUAUUGCUAAAACUUUAAGAAGGAACAACAAGCCGUUCGGAGGCAUACAAUUGAUUGUAUGUGGAGAUUUUUAUCAGUUACCUCCAGUGAAUAAAGUAAAACCUACAAAACAGAUGAGUAUUGAUGGACUGGAUUUUAUUGAAGAAUCAAUUUUUGCAUUUGAAAGUCAAGCAUGGAAAGAUUCAAUCAGGUGUACAAUUAUACUAAAAGAGGUUUUUCGACAGAAAGGUGACCAAACUUUCAUAGAUAUGUUGAACGAUAUGCGUAAUGGCAAAGUUAACAAUGAUACCAUUGCAGAGUUUAAGAGAUUAAGUCGUAAAUUGGAAAAUCCAGACGGUAUCGAACCAGCGGAAUUGUUUUCAACAAGAUACGAAGUUGAAAAUGCAAACAAUACCAGGCUUAAUUUAUUGAAAGGGGAAUCACAGAUUUUUAAAGCUAUAGACUCUGGUUCAUUGCCUACGGAUCAAAGGCAAACAGUUCUAAAUAACUUCUUAGCACCACAAAAGCUUUUCUUGAAAAAAAAUGCACAAGUAAUGUGUAUCAAGAAUUUUGAUGAAACUUUAGUCAAUGGUUCAUUAGGUCAGGUCGUAAAUUUCAUGGACAGAGAUACAUAUAUGCAUUAUCAAUUGAUGAGAGAAAAUCCUGAAGCAUCUAUUAGUGAAAUAGAAAGUGAAUUCAAAAAAUGUAAAGAGAGAAAAAAGGUCAUCGAUGAAGUAGAGGCAGAGCAUAAACCGUUAUCUUUGAAUGAUUCUAUUUUUGAUUUUUUGGAAGAUAUAGAGAUAAUGGGGGGUCUGCAUAAUGUUGAAUUAGAUGUGCAUGAGUUAGCAUUCAAAACUAAUAAGGAUAGAAAAGUUGAUUUUAUUAAAGCACUACAUCAGAAUUCCAGUAAGCUGAAAUAUCCACUCGUAAGGUUUCUACUCCCUGAUGGCUAUAAUACUAGGGAGGUGUUGGUAGAGCCUGAACAAUGGACUAUUGAAGAUGAAAAUGAAAAUGUUUUAGCCCGCAGAGUACAAUUGCCUCUAAUUCUUGCAUGGUCUUUGUCAAUCCAUAAAUCUCAAGGUCAAACACUACCAAAAGUGAAGGUAGAUUUGAAGAGAGUUUUCGAAAAAGGGCAAGCGUAUGUGGCAUUAUCGAGAGCAGUAUCACGAAAUGGUUUACAAGUUUUGAAUUUUAACAAAGAUAAGAUCAUGGCUCAUCCUAAAGUCAACAAGUUCUAUGAAAGUUUAUCCUCGACAGAAGAGCUCGCAUUAAGCACAAGUGAUUUUGUAAAACCACAUUUAUUAGAGCCAAAAGAUAAACGGCACAAGGAACGGAGUAUGAUAUAG